CUUGGGGACGGCGGAUCUUCCCAUGUGCUGAAGUGACCCACAGAUACCUCCCCAGAUGAGUGUGGCAAUGGAACAAACUUACGUACAUCUAUUUCGCACCAUGUCAAGCUUUACACAAAACUGUUUCUCUUGAGGUGGCAAGCUUGAGCAACCAGUUUUUCCUGAAGUUUGCCUGAUACCCAUGUUUACGGUGAGCUGUUCUGUCGUUCUUCUCUCUUGCCAUAGCCAUGGAGGGGCCCUCCCAAGUCAACUAGCUGACUAUUGACAUUGGUAAUCAAGGAUUUCAGAGGCAGAGAUCAAGGUCAACAUAGGGCAAUGACAGAAAGGACUAGAGAGCCCUAGUUCACGGGGCCCCCUUACUAGGCUCUGCUGUACAUUGGCUGAGGGAGGGCAUGGAUCCAAGUUUUAGCCACAGCAUAACAGGCAGUCUGUGAUGGUUUUGUGGGUAACCAGCGAGCUUCCUCCCUCCAUCAGUGCUGCUACCAUUCUCUUCUGGAUACCUAAGCUGGCAUUUUCAGGCAUUUUAAACAUCUUCUGAGAAAGAGACAGUAAGAGACCAAUCACGGGAAAAGCAAAACUUAAAUAAAAAUAGAAUUCCAAAUAUUUCAGCUGGAAUCUCUUUGUCUAGCUAAAAGAGAUUUAGAGAGUGGAUCAGAAAGCCUGUGUGUCCUUGUUCUGCAGUAACCAGGUGUAUGUAUGCCCUUGGGUAAGUCACUCAACAACCCUGGGCCCGUUUCCUCACUUGUAAAAUGAGGAAGAACCCCAUUCAGCUACUUUUGAGUGUCGGAGUCCCUUUAGACUCCCCUGGUUUAUGGAGGAGCCCUGUCCUAGGAACAAAUUAUAUACUGUGCAGGAAAGGAAUUGUAUAUAGACUGGGAGGUGAUCUCCAUCAAGCCAGUUAGAAGUACCCUAGAACCUUAAAAGGAUGUUUGUGAAGAGCAAUAAGCAAGAACUGAAAUCACAGGACUCCCAGGUUCCUGCCCCAGGUUAGUCCCUCCCAGGUACUGGCUGAGUUGUUCUGUGUCUCAUUCUUAACUCGGUCAGGCAGAAGAGGUCACAGAGGGUGGGGCUAUGACCAAUGGAUCACAUUCUCAAUGUUCUGGAAAAAGGACAGAGGUAGCAGAAAGGCCAGAAGAGGAGUUUCCGCUGCACAUUAGCCUCAAUUGACUACCCCAUUCUCUUUCCAGAUUGGAAAGGACAUGCCAGCCAGGUAGCUUUGGCAUCCCCGGCUCCUCAAGUACCUUUAUCACCUCAGCAGCACAGCCACCAACUUGGGAAGGAAACCAAGAUCUUGGACCAAAAGGGAACAAGACAUGAGUUACCCAUUUUACAUAUGAGGAAACUAAGACCUUAGACUAAGUAAUUUAUCCAAAUGCCAAAGCAAGUAAGAAGUGGUAUUAGAACUGGAGCUGAGAUCUUCUGAUUCAUUUUCAGUCUUUUCAGUCCAGUGUCAAGCUGUUGGAGCGAGGGAGCAAAGGUAAAGAAUGAUGUAAUGCACUGGCCGCCCCAAAGCAUCUUUUGUUGCGGAAUGGUUAUUCCAGUCAUCUCUUUAUGAAUCAAAUGUGAGGGGCUGCUUUGUGGAAGGAGUCCUUUGCAAGAGCACAUCAACAGGAAAGAGAAAGAGACAUUCACUUGGAGGGCUCUUGCUGAAAAUGGGUUUAACUCUCCUUUUGCCCGUCACCACCAGCCUGACCUCAUACGUUUUUAGUACAAUGGAGUAGCUGAGCCUUUGAGCGCACCACCAUUACAUCAUCGUGGCAAAUUAAGGAAGGAGGUGGGAAAACAGGACUUACUGUUGUCAUGGCCCAUGAGAUGAUUGGAACUCAAAUCGUUACCGAGAGGUUGGUGGCUCUGCUGGAAAGUGGAACGGAAAAAGUGCUACUAAUUGAUAGCCGGCCUUUUGUGGAAUACAAUACAUCCCACAUUUUGGAAGCCAUUAAUAUCAACUGCUCCAAGCUUAUGAAGCGAAGGUUACAACAGGACAAAGUGUUAAUUACAGAACUCAUCCAGCAUUCAGCGAAACAUAAGGUUGACGUUGAUUACAGCCAGAAGGUUGUAGUUUAUGACCAGAGCUCCCAGGAUGUGGCCUCUCUGUCUUCAGACUGUUUUCUCACUGUACUUCUGGGUAAACUGGAGAAGAGCUUCAGCUCUGUUCACCUGCUUGCAGGUGGGUUUGCUGAGUUUUCCCGUUGUUUCCCUGGCCUCUGUGAAGGAAAAUCCACGCUAGUCCCUACCUGCAUUUCUCAGCCUUGCUUACCUGUUGCCAACAUUGGGCCAACCCGAAUUCUUCCCAAUCUUUAUCUUGGCUGCCAGCGAGAUGUCCUCAACAAGGAGCUGAUGCAACAGAAUGGGAUUGGUUAUGUGUUAAACGCCAGCAAUACCUGCCCAAAGCCAGACUUCAUCCCCGAGUCUCACUUCCUGCGAGUACCUGUGAAUGAUAGCUUCUGUGAGAAAAUUUUGCCGUGGUUGGACAAAUCUGUAGAUUUCAUUGAGAAAGCGAAGGCCUCCAACGGCUGUGUCCUGGUGCACUGUCUGGCUGGGAUCUCUCGCUCUGCCACCAUCGCGAUUGCCUACAUCAUGAAGAGGAUGGACAUGUCCUUAGAUGAAGCUUACAGAUUUGUGAAAGAAAAAAGACCUACUAUAUCCCCAAACUUCAAUUUUCUGGGCCAACUCCUGGACUAUGAGAAGAAGAUUAAGAACCAGACUGGAGCAUCAGGGCCAAAGAGCAAACUCAAGCUGCUGCACUUGGAGAAGCCAAACGAACCUGCCCCUGCAGUCUCAGAGGGUGGACAGAAAAGCGACGUGUCCCUCAGUCCACCCUGUGCCAACUCUGCUACCUCAGAGGCAGCAGGGCAGAGGCCUGUGCACCCUGCCAGUGUGCCCAGCGUACAGCCAUCACUGUUAGAGGACAGCCCCCUGGUACAGGCACUCAACGGGCUCCACCUGCCCUCAGACAAGCUGGAAGACAGCACUAAGCUCAAGCGUUCCUUCUCCCUGGACAUCAAGUCACUUUCGUACUCAGCCAGUAUGGCAGCAUCUUUGCAUGGUUUCUCCUCCUCAGAAGAUGCCCUGGACUACUACAAACCUUCCACGACUCUGGAUGGGCCCGGUAAGCUAUGCCAGUUCUCUCCAGUUGAGGAAGUAUCGGAGCAGACUCCCGAAACCAGCCCAGACCAGGAGGAAGCCAAGAUCCCUAAGAAGCCUCAGGCUCCUCGGCCCGCAGACAGCCAGAGCAAGCGGUUCCAUCCAGGAAGAACCAGCAACAGUGGUGCCACCCAGAGGUCCCUCUUAUCGCCACUGCAUCGCAGUGGGAGCAUGGAGGACAACUACCAUACCAACUUCCUUUUUGGCCUUUCCACCAGCCAGCAACACCUCGCGAAGUCUGCCGCUGGCCUGGGGCUCAAGGGCUGGCACUCGGAUAUCUUGGCUCCCCAGACCUCCACCCCUUCCUUGACCAACAGCUGGUACUUUGCCACUGAGUCCUCUCACUUCUACUCCGCCUCAGCCAUCUACGGAGGCAAUGCCAGUUACUCUGCCUACAGCUGUAGCCAGCUGCCCACGUGCAGCGACCAACUCUAUUCCGUGCGCAGGCGGCAGAAACCAAGUGACAGAGCUGACUCUCGGCGGAGCUGGCAUGAAGAGAGCCCCUUUGAAAAGCAGUUUAAACGCAGAAGCUGCCAGAUGGAAUUUGGAGAGAGCAUCAUGUCAGAGAACAGGUCACGGGAAGAACUGGGGAAAGUGGGCAGCCAGUCUAGCUUUUCAGGCAGCAUGGAAAUCAUUGAAGUCUCCUGAGAAGAAAGACACUUGGGACUUCUGUUGACAGUGUUUUUCUCGUUCACAAAAAAAAUAUUCCCUGUAAAUCUGAAAUAUAUAUAUGUACAUACAUAUAUAUUUUUGGAAAAUGGAGCUAUGGUGUAAAAGCAAAAGGUGGAUCAACACAAUUGUUUUCAACAUCUGCAUUUGAGAGAGCAGCCAAUACGUCUCUCAACAGAAGUGGAAGGGCAGAUGCUAGAUUUCCCCCUAGACAGCUAAAACAGUUUUAUGCAAUGAAUUGCACAUCCCCUCGUUCUUACUAAAUCAAGUUUUAUUUGGUGUUGGAGGACAGAAAUCCCCUACCGUCCUCAUGUUGUGCUACAGCGAUCUCCAAUGCUAGUCUUUGUCCCGUCCUUCCGUAUGCACCUUAGCGCGGAGACUGAGCCAGCCUGUGGGUCGGGGGUGGGGGGGUAGACCCUGCUAGGGACAGAACCUAAUGGUAAAUCCAAGGGAAAUGAUCACCUUCAAAGCUGAUGCACAAAUCCAAGCUCACCGGACAGCCGAGCGAUUCAAGCAUCAUUCUCCUGUUCAGACCAUUAGGGGCCUUGCCGAGAUCUACUUUAGAGCAAACCUAGUACCUCAGACAGAAAGUCGGGGUUUUACCACUACCACGUCUGGUAGCCCGUUUUCUCAGCAUUGUGAAUAGGAGGGUAACUAGUCACACUUUUCAGACCAAUUCAAACUGUCUCUGCACAAAUUUCCAGUUGCGCCUGGAUGGAGGUAGUUGAUUGCUUCUUCUCAGAUUUAGGAAGAAGGGAAACCAUCUAGGAUUCAGUGUAACAGCCACGAAUCUGGCAGCGUAAUGAUUGGGAGGCUAAACAGUCUAGCCUCUAUAAAUCAAACAGUUGUUCAAAACGGGAUUGCUAAUCCUUUAAGUAAAGAUGGCCUUGGUUGAAAGCCAGAUGUCAGUUUGUUUGGGUAGGUAGCAGAGCGCAGCACCUUCAAGUUCUCAGCCAAAGUAGAUGUUUCCCGUGUCCGUUUCAUUGCAGAUAUGUUUUGUAAAAGUGUAACAAUAAGGUAGAGUUUUAUAGGAAACUACCAAGAGGGAGGAAAACUAUGACAAGAUUAAAGAAGUUUGUAAAAUUUCUGAAGAGAAGCAGGAAACUUAUUUCUCAGUGGUUUUCCCCCUUAGCAUGUGAUGAGGGUGGUAUUUCUAUAAUUUCCUAAUUAGAGACUUUCAGAUUUACUAAUCGGGCUGGAGAGGCUUUAGUAAGGAAGGAAUGUUCGGAAUGAAACAGUAUAGGCUGGUGAGAAGGGGGUUGGAUUUUGUGUCGUCGUGAGCAGAGUGGAAAGCCACAGCCAACCUAUGCUCAGAAAGUGGCCGCAGCAUUUUUUUGUUUUAGUAGAAGGGACAUAGCAAAACAGAGCAGGACCAAGGUGGCCUCUCAGUCCUUGACCUACAAUCACUGUAUGGAAUCAGUCCUGGCAGCUGAAAAUAGGAGGCGAUCAGAACAAGUACACAAGGGACAGUACAUACCUGCUUCUCAACUUCCCGGCUUGGGUUUUGUCAACCACAGGACGGUCCUCUUUUGAAGCCUUAAAUCACAAAUUCACAUCAGCAGCUUUGGUGGGGAGGAUGGGAGUUACUGUUCUUUACUGUAAGGGUAGCUAGUCGCCAACUCAUAUCUCAGGUUUUUCUGUUUGAGAAAUGAACAGUCCUUUGACUAGGAUGUGACUUACUAUUUCCUACGGUGGCUGCUAAAACCAGCAUGGAAUGACAUGAUUCAAACCUGACUUGACCGGGACAAUUACCAGCUUCCCGUAACAACUGGUUAUGCACAGAUAAUGUGCUACGAUGUGGGUUUACGAUGAAGGCAGAGAGUAAACUGCACAGGGAACGUGCAUUGUUACCGUAUGGAAAAAGUUCUGUUAAAUGAUUUGAAUUAGUUUUUCUGUGUACAUUUAAGUUUUGGAUGUAAUCAGACAUUCUCAAGGUUUCACCCAGUAAUUUCUGAUGUGUGAUGUAUACACACACCAAAUGUGUAACAGCUCACUGCUUUCAGAGUUCGGUCACAACUGUUGAACAUCUUUAAGAAAUGACAGCAGUAGCGCCAAUGUCCAGUAUGUUUCAGGAGGGUAGCGGGACUUUGUUUAGGCUGUUUGGGCAGACGUUCGCCCUCCAUCAUUCGGGAUUUCCCUUGGCCAUGGUCCCCCUCCUUCCUGGGACUGCGCUGGAGUCACACACUACAACCUUUGGUCCUUGAUUGGGAAUGUCAGGUAAUCAGCUCUUGUAACCCAGACCACCCUGCUGACGGGGCACCUGCGGGGCGCGUGCUGGCUGCUUCUCUUCGGCCUGUAAUCGUAGGGGAGGCCGAGUCUACUAGGAUGAUACACAAUGGUGAUUUCAAAGAGCAAAACUCGACUUCUAUGUGAGAAAUGCUGGAAAAUGGUUCAGGAUAUUUGUCAAAUUAGGUGGAAAGACUGUAUAAAUGUUUAAUAUGAACAUAGUGUUCUUUUGGAGUAAGGCAAGCUGUUGAAUGGUUAAAUUGUGUAUUUCUCAUGUUGAUGUGUCGUGUGUUAAUAUGAUGAAAUAAAAUCAAAACUGGUACCUGUUUAUACGUAAA